UUUGUAUUCUUUUGAAACUUGAUCGCCUUUCCUGCGUCGGUUUUGAAUAGGACCCAACAGAAUUUAUUCUCUAACGGGAAUUAGCUCCCACUGAUAAUCGUCGACAAGUUGGUUAUCCUUUCCUUUGAGGGAUUACCGUGAACUCUUCUCAAUUGGCGCAGACUGCAGAGGAAAGAUGGAACGGUAUGAGCUUGUGAAGGAUAUUGGUGCCGGCAACUUUGGGGUCGCUAAGCUGGUCAGAGACAAGAGAACAAGAGAGUUGUUUGCCGUCAAGUACAUCGAGAGAGGGCAGAAGAUUGAUGAAAAUGUUCAGAGGGAGAUCAUGAACCACAGGUCUUUGACGCACCCCAACAUAGUUCGGUUUAAGGAGGUUCUGCUUACGCCAACUCAUCUAGCCAUAGUAAUGGAAUAUGCCUCUGGUGGUGAGCUUUUCGAGAGGAUAUGCAAUGCUGGGAGAUUCAGUGAGGAUGAGGCGAGAUUUUUUUUCCAACAACUGAUAUCAGGAGUCAGCUACUGCCAUUCCAUGGAAAUCUGCCAUAGAGAUCUCAAACUUGAGAACACUCUCUUGGAUGGAAGCACGGCACCUCGUGUUAAAAUUUGUGACUUCGGCUACUCAAAGUCGGCUGUUUUGCAUUCUCAGCCUAAGUCAACAGUGGGAACGCCAGCAUACAUAGCCCCGGAGGUUUUAGCCCGACGUCAGUAUGAUGGAAAGAUUGCAGAUGUUUGGUCUUGUGGAGUCACCCUGUAUGUGAUGCUUGUUGGUGCAUAUCCCUUUGAAGAUCCAGAAGACCCAAAGAACUUUAAAAAGACAAUUGGGCGGAUACUCAGUGCCCACUAUGCCAUUCCAAACUAUGUGCGUAUUUCUGCUGAAUGCUGCCAUCUGCUUACCCGGAUAUUUGUUGCUAAUCCUGAGAAGAGAAUAACUAUUCCUGAGAUAAAAAACCAUCCAUGGUUUCUAAAGAACUUGCCCAUAGAAUUGAUAGAAGGAGAAGCAGCAAUGUAUAAGGAUCAAGAACCAGACCAUUCUCAACAAAGCAUGGAAGAGAUCAUGAUGGUUGUGCAAGAAGCACGGAAACCUACAGACUUUCCACUGCUUGGUUGUCACCUAAUUGGUGGUAGCAUGGAUAUGGAUGAUAUGGAUGCUGAUGCUGAUAUUGAUAUUGAAAGCAGUGGAGAUUUUGUGUGUGCAGUGUGAGCCACGUAACACGAUCUACAUGUGACAAUGUCGAAGAUUUGAAAUUGCUCCAAACGGAACUUAGGGGAACACCCAGUUCCACAUCAUUUGUGUCCUUUGUUUUGUAUCUGUAAGUUGUAAGUCAUCUGUUGAUUACACCUUGUUUGCACUAGAGAAAUGUGCUCCAUGAUUGUAGUCUCUUGUGCUGUUUGGAAUAUAGAGUGAGUCUGGAUUUUCAA